AUGAAUGAUAAUAAUAUAAAUGAUAAUAAUAUAAAUAAUAAUAAUGAUAAUAAUAAUAAUAUAAAUUUAAGUAAAAAUGGUGCAAUUGUAGUUGACGAAGAAGAUGAUAACGAUAUUAAAAAAACAACUACAACUAGGACAUCACCUGAUCCAAUCUUAAAAAAUAUAGAAUUUGGUAAAGAAGGUGCAAACUUGGAACAUGACGAUUUAGAGAAUUCCACCGAAUAUUGUUCAUUACGUAAAAAAAGUAUGAGGGAUAUGUUAUCCUCAAUAACUCCUCACCUCACAUCAUCCUCAUAUAACAAAAACAACAACAACAACAACAAUAGUAGCAGUAGCAGUAAUAAUAGUAAUAAUAACAGUAAUAAUAGUAAUAAUAAUAGUUUUAGUAAUAGUAGUAGUUUAAAUAACUUCAGUAAAAAUAAAGAUUUCAUAGAAAUUGAUAUUGAUAACAGUGAUAAUAGUGAUAGUAGUAGUAGUAGUAGUAGUGAUAACACUGGUGAAAAUAAAAACAAUUCGACCACUGAAAAUAUUUCAAGUGAAAAUAAAAAUAAAAACAAAAAUAAAAUCCAAAAAAAAUCAAAAAAAUCAUCAAAAGACCACCACACAAAAAACUCAAAAAGAAAAAAAGCACGUGAACUUGCUCCGAAUUCGACUUUGACCUUGGACGAAAAUAAAAUAAAAAACAAUUUGGCCGAACAAAAUAAAAUUAUUAAUAGUUUUGACAUUCACGAAAACAACAAUAACGAUAGUAAUAAUACAACAACAACAACAACUACUACUACUACAACUUCAACAACAAAUACAACAUUAGAUAGUAUGGAUAAUCCAAAUACUAUUGAUGAUAGUAAUAAUACAAAUAGUAAUAAUAAUAAUAAUAAUAAUAAUAAUAAUAAUAAUAAUAAUAGUGAUAACAAUAAUAUAAAAGAUAUUUCAGCAAGUUUAUCAAAAAACCCAAAUGAAAACUCAUCACCAAGUGGUUUAAAAGUUGAAUGUGAAUAUUAUAAUAAUAGGGACGAUAUAACACCAAUUGAAGAGGAUUAUGAUAGAAAACAGUAUUAUGAAUAUAGAGAUUCACAUAGAGAGAAUGGUGAACAUGGAACACCAAGUAUUAAACCAGAUGUAGAUUUAAAUAAAAAGUAUGAAGAACUUAGUGAAAGAAAAAGAUUAAAAGAAACCAGUAAAUGGGGUUACUUUAAAUUUAUAUUUAAUAAAAAUAAAUAUAAAUGGGAUAUCAAUCAAAAUCAAAGAUUUUAUUUAGCAGCUCAAAUUAUUACUAGAUUUGGUUUUCUUUCAAAAACAAUUUUAUAUUGUUCAUUAGGUGUAUUAUCAUUAGCAGCAGCAGUUGAUAAAGAAAGAAAAGUAGCAGGUCCAGAUGGUGUAUUUGAAGAAUUACAAGAAAUGUUUAGUGGUGGUAUAAUAUUCUUAUUGUUACUCGGUUUAUGGAGUUAUGGUUGUUGGGGUAUUUUUUAUAUUGUAUUCGAUGUUGAUCAAUUGGGACACAAAAGUGCAGGUGCAAUUUUAAAGAGAUUUGGUAGAGUUUUCUCAAGUGGUUUUUAUUUUGUAUUGGGUGUUGACGCUGCAAGAGUAUUGGCACACACUAGAAAAGAGGUAAGUGGCACAUCCCAUAUCUUGGGUUUCCUUUACAAGUAUAUUUUCGGACAAAUCAUCGUUUGUGUGUUGGGUGUAACUUUCUUUGUGGUGUCAAUAGUGUACUUGGUUUACUUUAUUAAACCUGAUAAAUUCAAGAGAGAACUUUCAACAGAACGUAUGAAUAAAUAUUUAUAUUGGGGUGCUUUGGGUUUCGCUAGAAUUGGUGCCGUUGGUAGAUCAAUGUUUUUCGGUGCAUUUGGUGGUGUAUUGAUUAAGGCAGUUGCCGAUAUUCAUAAAGGAAUUGAACCAGAUACAGGUCUAUUGGGUUUUCAAGGUGUUUUUCAACAAAUUGCAAAUUGGAAUACUCCAUUACUCUUUAUCAUUGCCAUUCUAAUUAUGUUUUAUGCCCUCUGGUGUUUCUGGUUAAUGUUUUUCAGAAGAUUACCAGCUCAUCAAGAUGCAGUUUAUGCUCGUCAAGUUUUGGGUAGCCAUAUCAAUAAGAAAUACCUUUUCCAUCGUAUCCUUUUCAAUAUUAAAAAGAAUACCGAUGAUCAUCCUGAUGAUGAUGAUUUUAAUUCUGACAAUGAUAUGAAUAAUAUUGAUAAUCAAUCAUCAAUUCCAAAGGAUAAUAAUAAUAAUAAUAACAAUAAUAACAAUAAUAAUAUAGAAAAUCAUCCAAAUGAUAUUUAUGAUUAUCAAGCGACAACUAGUAGUAAUAGUAAUAAUAUUGAUAAUAAACAAGCAGUUUAA